UUUUAUUUAAAAAUGCUCUUUUUAAUGCGAAAGAUAAAGCAUUCGAACAAUCUGAAUAUAAGUUUUAGGCUGGUCUUGCCAUAAAAAUCAGAAUAAUAUAAGAAUAGAAUAAAUUCUAAAAUAUUAUGUAAUUUAAAGAGUGCGCAUAAUCGAGCCUCCAUCUUGUUCUUUUCAAGCCGGCAUCCAUCUUGUUCUUCCAACAGUGUGACGAACCACACAGGGAAGUAUGGCAGCCAAUAAUUAUUUUGGAUUUACUCAUGGAGGAACACAAUAUGCUGCUACAGCUACUGGUGCUCCUGCUUACCAACCUACUCAGACUGGUUACGCAGUAGCACCUACAGCUGCGGCUGCAGCCACCUACACUACACAGCGCGCAGCUCCUGCUUACGACACUGCGUAUCCUACUGCUGCGACUCACACCACUCCUGGCACAUAUGCAGUGGUGUGUUCAGUACCAGCUGGGUCUACAGCGGCUCCUACUACUUAUGAUUACGCCUACCCUCGGUCUGCUUACGACGCCACCAAGACCUACUACCAGCAGCCUACUGCUGCGGCAGCAACAUACUCCACCACUGACUAUCAAGUGAUUGGUGUUACAGCGGCCGGGCCUAAACCUGCGUACAGCGCGACGUACACAACACAGACGACUCGUCCUGUCACGCAAGCCACACCUGUCAAGAUACUCGGAACUACGUCCUACAGUACUACCUACCCGUCCCAACAAACUCAGGCUAGCAACCAUUAUAACAAUGUUAUUAAAGUUGUGAAGAAAACCUUUCACCCUCAGCAGCAAGGCAAUACGGCCACCUCUGGCUCGUAUGUUCCUCAGCAGACGUACAGCUCACAGAAUAGCAGUGUGUCUGUCGUCAGCACCAACUACAGUCAAAGCUACUCUACUCCCACCUCCACACCACCUACCACCACUCCUAAGCCUAAAGCUGCGACAACAACAUACUCUGGGUAUGACGCUGCGCUAUACAGUGCUGCUACCAUGUAUGUCGCUCAGCAGUCUACCAACACUACGACUGUGCCUACCAAGACGACCAAUACCUGGCAGAACUUCAAGAAGCCGAUGGGGUUUGGGUUCAAACUGAACAGACCAAAGGGUCCUGCUAAGCCCCAACAACUUCACUACUGCGAGACUUGCAAGAUCAGCUGUGCUGGGCCACAGACAUACAGAGAGCAUCUGGAAGGUCAGAAACACAAGAAGAAGGAGAGUAGCUUGGCUGGCAGUGGACCUGCUCCUCCACGAGGUGGUACCUCACUGAGGUGUGAACUGUGUGAUAUCACGUGUACAGGCACUGACGCCUACACUGCCCACAUCAGAGGUGCCAAGCAUCAGAAGGUAGUUAAACUACACACAAAGUUGGGCAAGCCGAUUCCACAACCAGAUCCCAAGGGACUCCCUAAAGCAGCGACCACCGGAACUACAGCUUCCAAGACCGUCACUACAAACACCACCACUGGCGCAGGUGUCAAGAAAACAGUCAUAUCCACACCUAAAAUUAAUUUUGUAGCAUCUGGAUCCCUGGGCACUGUAAAAGUAGAGGGAGCCAAUGCUGAUGUGAAGGAGGAGAAGGCUGACAAUUCUGAUGUAGAGAUGCUCUCUGAACCUGAGGUGACGCCUGUAGGACAGGAAUACAUCGAAGAAAUAACCAAUGAUGACGGAAAAGUAAUAUCUUUCAACUGCAAACUCUGUGAAUGUCGUUUCAAUGACCCCAAUGCCAAAGAAAUGCACAUGAAAGGACGAAGACAUCGUUUGCAGUUUAAGAAGAAAGUCAACCCGGAACUUGUAGUGGACAUAAAGAGUAACAACCGCAAUAGGAAAAUACAUGAGGAGAGGAUUAGAGCUAGACUGGCCAUGAUGAGGAAACGAGAAGAAGAAAGAGCCAACUUCUGGACAGACCGCAUGAUGGAGGCUGAGGAGCGUAUGUACUGGGAGGAGAGGAGAAGAUAUGAGGAAGAGAUGGACUACUAUGAGUGGUACCGUCGGUCUAUGCCUCACCCACGGGGCAUGCCUCCCCCUCCCCCACCACCUGGCCACCCCUAUGGGCCACCACCACCACCCAUGAUGCCUCCACCUCCUCCGUCCAACUUUUACCCUCCCGGCCCUCCCCAAGGUGUGAUGAGAAGGCCAGAGAGUUUUGAUGACAAACACAUAAUUGCCAGGCACGCAUCCAUCUAUCCCAAAGAAACUGAACUUCUGGCUGUGCAGAAAAUUGUCUCUCACACAGAAAAAGCUCUCAAGUUUGUCUCAGAUCAUCUUGUUUCUGAUGCAGAAAAGAAAACUACACAGCCUAAUGUUAAACCAAGCGUACCUCAAGCUGCAGCCAAGCCUGCUGCCCCUGUCAAGCCAGGGGCCCCCGCAGCUGCCAAGCCUGCAACUCCCGCCCAGCCUGCCAAGCCUGCAGGCCCCGCUGCCGUCCCAGCCAAGGGGCCUACACCUCCUGCCAAGAAGGAAGCCAACUCAACCCCUCAGCCUGGCAAGAAGGAUGAACCACCCAAAAAGGAGGAUGGCAGAGAUGGAAACCUGUUCUCGUUCCAAAAGGAGAAGGAGGACGGCAGGGUUCUGAAGGGAGUGAUGAGAGUGGGAGUGUUAGCCAAGGGGUUGUUGUUGUCUGGUGACACUCAGGUCAGACUGGUAGUGUUGUGUACUGAGAAGCCUACUCGCUCACUGCUGUCUAAGGUGGCACAGAACCUGCCACUACAGCUCAAGGCUGUAGCUCCAGAUGAUGCCUACACUGUAGAGAUGAAGGUAGACCAAGGAUCUGUGUUAGUGACUGCUGCAACAGAGCCCAAGAUAGUCGUCACUGUGUCUCUGACAUCUCCACUGAUGAGAGAACCAGUUUUACUGGAGUCCACUGGAGAUGGUGUCUCGUCGCCGCCAAAGGAUCCGCCCGAUGUGCUCAGCAAGCAGAAAUGUUUGGACGCUUUGGCUGCUCUCAGGCAUGCCAAAUGGUUCCAGGCUAGGGCUACUGGUCUGCAGAGCUGUGUGAUGAUCAUCAGGAUUCUUCGAGACUUGUGUCGUAGGAACCCCACCUGGGCUCCACUCAACCCCUGGGCCAUGGAGUUGCUGACAGAGAAGGUGUUGAGUUCUGCAGGAGGGCCGAUGCCUCCAGGAGAAGCUCUGCGUCGCAUCCUAGAGGCUCUGUCGUCAGGUAUCUUGCUGCCAGGAGGCCCGGGACUACUGGACCCUUGUGAGAAGGAACCUGUAGAUGCAGCUGGCAGUCUCACUGCGCAACAGAGAGAGGACCUCACAGCCAGCGCUCAGACUGCGCUGAGGCUGUUUGCGUUCCGCCAGAUUCAUCAGGUGCUAGGUAUGGAGAUGUUGCCACAACCCAAGUUCACUCCAAAAUACAACAAUUACCGAUUCGGCCGCAAGCGCAGACGAGACAACAGCAAUGGGGAAGGUAAUGAUUCUGAAGCUGGUGAUGGGAAAAAAGAUAAAAAAGACGGAGAUGCGGUCGUCGUCAAGAUGGAAACUGACAAGAAGUAAUUCCAAAAGCUAACUGGAAUACACCUAAUUAUAUCUAAUAUAUGUGUCAGUCCACCCAGUAUCAAUGUUGAGAAGAUGCUACUUAGUCAGUGUCCAUGUAUAUUUUCGUGUGCAGUAUUGCAAUUACUUUUAUCUUGGCACUCUUGCUUCCUAGACUUAGCUGCUAUCAGGUGGCCAACUAUCUUAUACAAUAACCCAUCAUUUGUAGUCUAUGAACAAAAUGUUAUUUCACAUUGACACAUACACCUAGUUUAGACUGUAGGUAGAGUUAUACCUCAUUAAUCAUGUUUUCAGUUACUGGUAUGUUUUUCUUAUUGUGUUAUAUCUUUGUUUUCCUUUUUAGAUAAAUAUUUUAAGAGUGAAAAGAAUAAUUUAGUUUUUUAAAGCUCAUAGACACUAUUCCUAUUUGUUAUUGUAAAAGUUGUAUAAUUUCUGAAUAAAUGACUAUUCCUUUU